GAUAUACUUGUAGACUUGUCCUCUUUUGACUGUAGGUUUAAUAGACCUCUUUCAUUAGAUCUUCGUAAAGCCUCUCACUAAACUUACAAUAGAUGGGUGCAUGCAUCAAUCGUUCAAUGAAUAUCAUCAGGCAUGUCAGGAUCACAAUUUGACUGGUUGAGAUGUCCUUAUAAACAGUGGUGUAACUACGGAGGGCCCCCCCCCAUUUGAAAUUUUGAAAUGGACAAAAAAAUAUAUACCUAGUUCAAUUAUUUUCAGUGCCCCCUGACAAAAAAAAUUGUGCACCCCCAGGUGCCCCCUCAUCAGCUGUAGCACCCUAGUUAGGCCACUGCCUUAUCAAUAUCAUUCAUGGGACAUGGCAUAAUGUCUUCUCUAAGUAACUGUAACGUUAGUGCUAAGUUAUAUUUAGUCUUGUUUCAAAGGACUUAACCCUCUGUGUAGAUACCACAGACAACCCAGGUUUAUAUAGUCAGUAAUGCCAAUCUCACAUGACGAUGAGGAUCACACAUAAUUCUGCUUGGACUGCGCUCCCUUUGGGAUAAGUCUCUCCACUGGAGGAUUCAGAUUCACCCGUGGCUGUUUGGAUUCUGGUGCCCACUUUCAGAGCCGGUACUCAGCAGCCAUGGGUCAGUCGUGCUGCCGGAGGAACCGAGAAGUUGACGGGGGCGGCGUGCACGUGCCCACGGUGCCCACCUGGAAGGUAGUGGCGUCCCUGCUCCUCACCUUUGCCGUGUACAUUGGGGUGCAGGUGGUCGGCCAGGCCUACCCGGUUCUUAUUCCGGCGGGUAUGAGAUGCUACCAGAACCACACUUAUGUCUGCCAAGACAGAGACAACAAAUCAUUGUAUUCCACCCCUGUCUCAGCCCAGAGUGACUGCCACGCCUCCGCAGGCUGCAUUGAGUUCAGUGAUGCUCUGCAAGGUAUACUGACUGGCGUGACUUUCACCUCUGUCUACUUUGUGGCCGGGAUCCCGUUGGCCCGGGCGGCCAGCACUGGCUCCAGGGUUCUGGUGCUGGCUGUGGGUCAGUUAUUCCUGGUGGCCAUGGCGGUGGUUACUGCAGUCAGCGAUCGUUUCUUGGUGCUGUGGCUGGCUAGACUAGGUGUUGGCUUUGGGGAGGCUGCCUGUAGCCCCGCUGCCUAUUCCCUCAUCUCGGAUUACUUUCUUGCCAUGAACCGAGCCAAAGCCUUGUCUUUCUACUACUUUGCCACAAAUUUCGGAGUUGCUGUUGCCUACCUGCUCGGCCUGGUCAACUCCUACCUUUGUUGGCGUUGGGUCUUCUACUGUCUGGCUAUUGCCGGCAGUCUACUUUUUCUGCUCAUUCUGAUGUUCCUGCGAGAGCCGCUCGACGACUCCUACAAUUCACUACUGAAUAGUCGAGACACUUACACCUUAAAGGAAACUGCUUAUAGGCUUAUCAGCAAUAAGCCCUAUGUGGUCCUGUGUUCUGCCUCCUCGGCCCGGUACAUCUCCAUGUACACCCUGUGGGCGUGGCUACCCACAUUCUAUGCCAAGGUGCUGCGGAUCCCCUCGGAGGAGUACGGCGUGAAUGUCGCCCUCGUGGUUCUGUGCGGGGGAGGCGCAGGCUGUCUCAUAGGUGGAGUCUUAGCCCAUAGGAUAUCCAGACACAGAAAGCAGUACAAGGCCUACUUGAUAGCGGCCAGCCAGCUAGCCGCGGCUCCUUUCAUAGUAGGCACGCUGUUGUUGCGUUCCUCGGCGUGCUCCUUUGGCCUCUUAUUCCUGGCCUGCCUCACGGCCGAGAUUGCCCCCGGGCCUGCUGCUAGCACCGUCCAGGAUUUAUUUGCAGAAAGUUUGAGAUCGCAAGCUUUGGCUGCAUACAUUGCCAUCAGUAACAUAAUCGGUGGUGCAGUGGGUCCGAUCUUGAUUCCGGGCAUCAUUGCCUUUCGUCUCUCCUGGCACGACUGUGACCAGGGAGUGGGCGUGGCCCUAGCCAUCGUCGUGCCCAUCUUCUACUUACUGGCCUCUGUCCUGUACACCGUGACAGCCUGUCUCAUGCCUAGCGAGCCCAUCCUGAGCGAGGAGACCAUCUACUUGAAGUACGAGACCAGUGAGGUAGAUCCCGGCAGUGAUGAUGAGAGAGAGACGCUCUUCUAUGGCUCACAAUCUUGCUGAGUUGUGAGUCAUUUUCCGAAAAACCCUUCCCCCCAUAAGAUACUAAAUUUGCCUCCGACUUGCAUGUUUGCAGGUUUGUCAAAACAGUGGUAAUAAUUCCAAUGGCAAAAUCUUGCCUCUGUUUGUCCCUGAAUCAUUGACCGAGAAGUUUCCUGUACUCUCUCAUCCAAAAAUAAACACGAGGAGAAAUGUAGUGCUUGAACAUGUUGAAGAACAAUAUGCUGGCCAGCCUAAGAAACUACAUUGGGGCUACCUUAUUUUCUAUAACUGCACAAUGUGACCUUCGCGCGAGCAGAUGUACGUGGACAGCUGCAGACCAAUCACGCUGGCAGAGGAUGGCUUGUGAAAAUUUCUGGAAAAGUUUCCCCAGGGUGUUUUCACUAGAGUCCACCCAGGGAAAAGUAACCAUCAGCUUGGUGAGUUGGUAGCAAGAGAACUCCUCAGCUUAAGGGCACAUCGUUUAAUAUUGUCGUAGAAUGUGGACAUUAGAGGUGGUUCAUGCAGCCACUAUUUGGUGACCAGUGGUCAAUUCUCCAGGGUGACCUGUGCACAAUAUGUAUCCCAGAUAGCGGGCAGAAAUAGUGGUUGACAAACAGUGAUGGUUGGCGUGGAGAGCCUCUUUCAGAUGUGAGGAAGUUCAAGUGGUCUGUACUUGAAUUCUCUGAAAUUUCCCAGCCAUUUAUCAGUCUUCCAUUUGGUGGACAGAAGUAGAGUAGUAAUUUUGUCAAGAUAUAUUUUCCCAGUACUAUAACUUACAAAUUUGUUCAUUCAGGCAUGUGAGAGCUUUCCGGCCUUUGAAUAACUUGCAACUUUAAUCUGUUACCUUACCAUUCUAAUAAAAUUUUUGGCACUUUGCCAUUUUUAGAGGUGCAGUUAGUUUGCUUAGAAACUUGAAUGCUAAAUGCUUUCUUUAAUGGGAAAUUUUAUUUUAAUCGGACAGUAAGAAAAACAAGCUUUGGUUUUUUUUCGUCAAGGUGCCUUCCUAGGGUCUGUGGAGGAACCCGUUAGAGGCAUAUAAAUGUAAUCCACUUUGGUUACAACAUCAAACACCGACAAACGAAAUGGUGCUAUUUUUGCUUGAUUGAAUUUUUUAAAAUGUUCACGAAAAAGUUCUCACAUUUUUUGUUUUACUUUUGUUUGUACUUCUUAUUUAUUUGGGGCCAACAGUUUGGUCAUUUAUAUUUAUGUUAACAUGUUCAUCUGACACCUCCCUGGCUGAAGAAAUGUAUGUACCCAGCAGUGACAACUGGUUGUCUGAUUGGAUGGUACAGUUCAUUUCAAAAACUUUUAAUUUUGUAUGUUGCAAAGAUUUACUUGCAUGAAUCAUUGCCUUUUUCAGUGAGUGCAUGGUUGAUAUCCCUAGCUUAAAGUGGGUUUAUGUCAGAUGUCAUUGGCUAACCAGUCCUGAUCCAAACCCGAAACCAACCCUUUGGGGUUCAUGCGUCAGCCAUCUUGAAUUGAAAGCAAAUGUAAAAAAUUCGAACUUCUAAAACUUAACAUGUUUGGAGGAUAAUGCAGUAGGGCAGAUUGUAGCACACUAGCGCUGUUUAAUUUUUUUAUUCCACCUUAUUAAUAAAAAUCACGUUACCUUUAUUGGCAAAGGCAAAAAUGUUUUUCAAUGUAGUUCAAGCAAAAUAGUCUGGCUCCUUUCCCAUUUCAUAGUGUACAAUAAAUGAAGUGGACUUGGAGAGCAUGAUCUAAAAUGGACACUUCCCAAAUGAAUACUCUCCAAAAUCCAGUACCUAACUUUGCAAUAUAGAGAUGGCUUCUGGAGCGUACGAGGCAGUCAGUAUUAUUUUACAUGAAGUUUGGUGUUCUGACUUUGAGUUCAUUCAGAA